AUGGCAAACCCAACCACUCCAAAUCCUUUGGCGCCAUCAAUUCACGUUCAGAAUCUAUCAUACCAAUUCCAAGAUGGUUCGCCUGGUUUGACAGAUGUGAAUCUUGGGUUGCCUUCAGGAAGUAGAACGCUGCUCAUUGGAGCCAACGGUGCGGGUAAGACCACUCUUUUACGGUUGUUAGCAGGCAAACGUCUCGCUCCAAGCGACACGAUCUCUGUAGGAGGCAAAGAUCCCUUCAAGGAAGGCUUAGAGGGGGUGACAUAUCUCGGGAUGGAGUGGGUCCUCAACAGCAUCGUCCGGUCCGACAUUGAUAUCCCGACACUCCUAGCCUCUGUAGGCGGCGACGCCUACGCGGAGCGAAGGGACGAGCUCGUGGGUAUUCUAGACAUUGACCUUAAUUGGCGCAUGCACACUGUAUCAGAUGGAGAACGGCGCCGCGUGCAAUUGGCCAUGGGAUUAAUCCGGCCCUGGCAAAUACUGCUUCUCGAUGAAAUCACCGUCGAUCUUGACCUACUUACACGAAGCAAUUUUCUUGCUUUUCUCAAACGUGAGACAGAGAGUAGGCCAUGCACCAUUGUGUAUGCCACACACAUUCUGGACAACUUGUCCCAGUGGCCGACACAUCUUGUGCAUAUGCAUCUUGGGAAUGUCAGGCAGUGGGGUCCAAUUGAGAAAUUCCAGGACGAGGUCCCGGCAACCUCGGAGAAUAGUCAACUAGGUGAGCUUGUUCUUAAAUGGCUCAGGGAAGACCUGAAGGCCAGAGGCCCCAGGAAAGGGCGGCAUGGCCAAGAUGCUAUACAUGAACGGGUUUAA